AUGGAAAUGAGAAAAUAAUAAAUAAAAAAAAAAAUAACUACUUGUGUAUGUAUUGUAAUUCGUGUUAUUUAAUGGAUGCCUAUUUAGUAAUACGAAAAUGGGAACAAUUAUAACUAAUAAUUUAAAAGCGGCCAUUGAAAGCAUCAAAAAGUAAUUAAAUAUGAGUGAGAGGAAAUUUGCAAGGGGUUUAGGGAAACCUGGAACUGCAGCUCAACUAAGGGAAACGGUUUCCCAAGUUGUUAGGGAGAACACUGUAAAUAGUAAACCUAUUUUGGUGGAUCCUCUGGAUUUCGAGCAGUUUUUAAUAAAGCACAAGACUGUUCUGCAAAAUGAUCCACAAAGGGAGCUGUUACUUUAUCCACCUGAUGACAUUUCUCAAGUGGUUUUGCCUCGAAGGUGUAGAACCUUAUCACCUACCUUACCAUCAGAAAAUGAAAUCCAACAUUGCAACCUCUUCACGAAACAAUGUGUCAAAAGUUAUUCCUCAAGUUGGCAAGUGGUCCAUUUCCGAUACGCUCAAUAUUCCGGUAGUUAUGCUGAUUUACCUAAAAUACCCAGCUGUGGUAACCUUUUGGAACAAUUAUACGAAGUAGACAUAGAUGAAGACUGUAGUGAUAUAAAGUCUCGGACUGAUAAUAUUACUAAAGAAGGAUGGUUGAUGAAAGGACCAGAAAUUGGUUCUGAGAGGGGUUUUGUAAAUAUGGCAUCAAAGAGUUUUAAACGGAGGUAUUGUUACCUAAGGCAAGAAGUAGAUGGUACAUAUAUACUAGAAAUGUACAAAGAUGAGAAAAAAGGAGAGGCAAAAAUGAACAUUGUUAUGGAUUUUUGUACUGAAGUAGUCAAGAACUUAAAAAGGGGAAAGCUAUGUUUUGAAUUGAGGAUGACAGCCGGUCACAAAUCUUAUGUCCUUGCUGCUGAAAAUGAAGCUGAUUUUAAAGAUUGGUUAGGUAAAUUAAAUUCGGUACUUCAGCAGUAUCAGGUACAGGAGGAAAAACGUGCUGCAUCUUUAGAAAGAGAAAGAAGCACUCCUCCUUCGCCUCAAACCUCCUAUGGAACUCUAAAAGGUUUAGAACAAAGCAUGAAUCCCCAAUUAAUAAAAUACGCCAGAGAAACCGAUUUAAGUAUAGCGCUCUCUAGAAAAGAAUCUCGAAAUAAGCUUUUCUUACUAUUUCCCCCGUUAGCCAUGCACCUAAAAUCUCCCAUUUCUAGUCAGGAUCAAAUAGAGCCGUUUAAAGAAGUAUUUGGCAACAGGCUGUUUUUAAAAUGCGAAAACAUUAGGUUAAAAUUACAAGUAGUAGAUGAAAAGGAGCAAUUGUGCCAAGUGGAGCCUUACUACACAACAUUGUGCCUCUUCGACGUCAAAUAUGGGAGAAAAUUGACUGAACACUUUCACUUCGAUGUAAAUAGUGAUAAUAUACGCACAACCUUUAAGAAUAACCAGCAGCAGACCCCUAGUUGUAACGAUAAAUUAGAUAUUUUACAAACAGUCUCAUCCGAUUGGCUGUUGUACCCCAAACAGGGGAUAGUGAAUAUAACCAAUCCCCAUCCCGAUAUCUUUUUAUUUGUUAGAAUUGAAAAAGUUCUGCAGGGUGGCAUUAAUCAAAGUUCGGACCCUUAUGUUAGGGCCAAUAAAGAACCCAAGAUUGGGAUUAAGUAUUAUAAAAAUAUAGCCACAUGCUGUCAAAGACUGGGAAAAUACAGGAUGCCUUUUGCUUGGACUGCCAGGCCUUUAUAUAGAUUGUACAGUAAUGAAUUAGAUACCGCAUCAGAUUUCCAUGCCAUAUACCGACAGGAAAGUAGUAAAAUGACCGAUGAAGAAGUACUGAAAAUUCUAGCCGACUAUAGAAAACCCGAUAAGUUUAACAAAUUUACUGUGAUUCCCGGAGCGUUAGAAAUUAAAAUAUCCGCCUUUACGGAGUUACCUCCGAAUUGCCUUACUACCUCUAUUGCUCCAUUAAAACCUUUCCCUUUGCCCCCGAUUAACGAACCGAGCUUCGAAAUAACCGAAUUCGAGGGGCUGUCCGAGAAGGAGUUAAAUCCGUACACCACAUUCUUAAAUCAUCUUUACGUCUAUCCACUUAGUUUAAAUUUUGAUACUCAGAAGAUUUUUACUAGAGCUAGAAAUAUUGCUUGUGUAGUUGAAGUCAGGGACAGCGAUAAUGAAGAAGCAAAGGCAAUACCUUGCAUCUACGGUCGCCCCGGACAAGGUCCGUUAGUUUCAAGCAUGACUUGCGCCGUCUUACAUCACAACACGAUGCCUUCCUGGUACGAAGAAGUCAAAAUCCGUCUUCCUACCAAUAUUUUGUACUCGCAUCACUUGCUAUUUACAUUUUACCAUAUCUCCUGUGAUAUUACCAAAAAACGAGACAACGGUGUCGAUACGUGCGUAGGGUAUGCUUGGUUACCCCUACUGCACAAAGGAAAAAUCAACGUGGAAACUCAAAGUAUACCCGUAGCGGCUCAUCUUCCACCUGGGUAUUUAGCAGUUCAUCCUUUUGGACUUGGAAAAGGAAACGCUGGGCCAGAAAUCAACUGGGUAGACGGUCAAAAAUCAAUUUUCACCGUGGGAUUCAACCUUGUAUCAACAGUAAACACAAAGGAUCAGCACUUGUUCAAUCUUUUCUUACAAGCAGAGAAGCUGCUCGAUUCAAAAAUAACCGUGGUACCGUCAGAGUCAGAAACCUGUAAAAUUUUAAAAGCGCUUCAUGCCAUACAACUUACCACCCUAAUUACGUUCCUGCCGACAUUGUUUAACCAACUGUUUAUCUUGCUGGCUGCGACCACUAGCGAAGAAAUCGGCUUGAAUAUCCUACGUGUAAUGAUUAACUUGGUUAAUAUGCUCUGCGAUGCGAACAGAAAAGAUAUUCUAAACUCUUACGUGAAAUAUUGCUUUGUAUCUCCGCAAAGUAGCAGAAGUACCACGGUGCAUGAGGAGAUGGGCAAAUAUCUGCCCAUGAUACUUGACCCAAAUAACCCGGAUUUUUUAGUUAUUAAUAAGUUUAUGCAUCAUUCGGAUUUUUUCUUUGAGGUCAUGACGAAAAGUAUGACGCAGCAUCUGUUAUCUACAGGGAGAAUCAAGAUGCAGCGCCACGAACGAUUUUCCCCCGAUUACCUUAGCCAACUCGAAAAACUAAGUCAAGUCCUCAUAUCCUACGUUCUAAACAAAUACAAAGAAGCGCCUUUGGAAACAAAGGAGCUCAACAAAAACUUGGCCAAUUUCUUUAAGAGAUGCCUCUCAUUAGCAGAUAGAGGUUUCAUCUUCAAGCUUAUCAAAUGGUACAUGGACAAGUUUAAUCCUGGAGACCCGCGGAUUUUACAGGAAGUUAAGUUCACCUUUCUAGAAAUCGUUUGCAAUCACGAGCAUUACGUCGCGUUUAACUUACCUAUUCAGCAAUCCAAACUAAGUCCGCGGAAUAAAUCCCCAGACCCUAUGGACGAAUUAUCUUUGAGCGAGAACUUUUGCAAACACCACUUUAUCGUCGCGUUACUUUUGGAAGAAGUGAAAACCUCUUUGAACGAAGUAACUUACAUAAGAAAAAUCGGUUUGACCACUUUAAGGAACUUAAUUGCCAAACACGAAUUGGACGAUCGCUAUCAGAACAAAGGACAAAUGGAACGCAUUGCAUUAAUUUAUUUGCCCUGGUUGGCGAUCACUAUUGAGAAUCUUAAUCGGAUGAGUCUCGGGGAUGACGAAGAAAGCGCCGAGGGAGGUGGAGGAGAUACGAUAUUGAAUCGUAUGUCAUCUACCAGUUCGUAUUUGUUUGGUAAGAGUUCUGCGAGUGAAUCUACACCGAAAAAUCACAGGUAUACGCUACAUUUGGAUCGGGAUAGUUCGAUGAAUUUGGGAAACUCGGCGUUUUUGGAUGCUAUUGCUGGUCAAUCUUUGGUAAACGGCCAUUCCUUAAGCCUAGACUCAGACUUAUCCGCCCUAUCGGGAGAUGACAAAUCUACGAUAUCUCAAGACACCACCAUAAUCCGAGAUGGCGCACUUAAAAACGGCGGCGGUGACCAUUUAAAAACUCACGAUCGUAGCACUUCGUCCCACAUGACCAGAUACGAUAAACUGCAGGUGAAUGAAGUGAAAGAUAUCCUGCUUCCGUUCCUUUUCGUGGUGAAAUAUCUAAAUGACGAACACCUGGUCCACUGGUGGCAAUCCUAUUCGGAAAUCGAAGUUAUAAGCUUUUUCACCACCCUAGAGAUUUGCCUUCAUUGUUUUAAAUACUCGGGUUUGAGGAAUGUGAAGGUUGUGAGGACCCCCGAUGGGGAAAAUAUGAAGCAGAGGUCUAAAAAAGCCCAUACGUUACCGGCUAGAAUUAACCCUUCUGAGUUAAAUCAUGAGAAUACGAGUACUCUGAUUAUACACACCAAUAGGGAAAAUUUAGCCAAUAGUGAUAACGAGGUUCAUAAGAAGCAACAAGCGGUGUUAGAGCAGCAUUUGGCAGCAGAAAUUGGUCUAAUAACCCUCGAUUGUAUUGGAUUAUUCUCAAUGCGCUUUAGAAAGAAACUCUUAGCUGGUGGAAGUGACAAUGAUGUGAUGAAGAAGAUUGUUGAUAUAUUUCUUACGUUAAUACAAUUGGGCCAAAGCGAAAGUUUACUGAAACAUGUCUUUGCUUCUCUACGAGCUUUUAUUAAUAAUUUUUCCGCAGUUUUCUUUCAAGGGAAUGCCAUCUUAUGUGGUAAAUUAUGCUACGAACUACUAAAGUGUUGCAACAGCAGACUCUCCAGCAUUCGACAGGAAUCGUGCGCCCUAUUGUACCUUUUGAUGAGAAGCAACUUCGAACACACAAAUCGCAAAGGUCUGACAAGAGUCCAUCUGCAAGUUAUCAUAUCUGUGUCCCAAAUGCUGGGCAAUAUUGUUGGCUUAAACAACUCGAGGUUUCAGGAAAGCUUGUCGCUUAUAAAUAGCUUCGCUUCUAGUGAUAAAGCUAUGAAAGGUACAGGUUUCCCGACAGAAGUCAAAGAUUUAACCAAACGUAUUCGGACAGUAUUAAUGGCCACCGUUCAAAUGAGGGAACACCACCAGGAUCCUGAAAUGCUUGUCGAUUUGCAGCAUAGCCUCGCCAAUUCUUACGCUUCUACUCCGGAACUGCGACACACUUGGCUUGAAACGAUGACUAGAAACCACGUUAGGGAUGGAAAUUAUUCUGAGGCCGCGUGUUGUCAACUCCACAUCGCAGCCCUAAUGGCAGAAUACCUAAAACUAAAAAACGUCCAGCCCUGGGGAGCAGAAGCCUUCGCCAACAUAUCUUCAAACAUUCCAAAAGACGAGAAAGGCCUGAAACUGGAUUCGGGAGUCCAAGAUAUCCAAUACACCGAGUUCAUUUUACUGGAGCAGCUAGAAACUUGCGCGGAAUUCCUGGAUAAAGCGGAAAGGUACGAAGUGCUCGGAGAACUGUUUAAACUAGUCAUUCCGAUGUACGAGAAAAAACGCAACUACGAGCAGUUGAAGAAGUGUUAUCAAAACUUGGCCCUGAAUUAUGAUAAAGUGAUCGAAGCGAACAAGAGUUGCAAACGGUUAUUAGGAAGGUAUUAUAGAGUCGGGUUCUAUGGUUCGUCAUACUUCGAAGAUGAGCAUGGCCAAGAAUACGUAUAUAAAGAGCCGAAAGUUACAUCUCUCAGCGAAAUAUCUGAACGAUUAGAGCGACAGUAUUUGGAGAAAUUUGGCCCGGAUAGUGUCAAGAUGAUUCAAGACUCUAUUCCGGUGGUUCAAGACGAUUUGGAUCCUAAAUACGCUUAUAUUCAAGUCACCCACGUUACCCCAUAUUUUGAAAAAGGAUCUGAGGAUAGGCAGACCGAUUUUGACCAAAAUCACAAUGUGUGCACUUUUAUGUAUGAAACCCCGUUUACUCGUGAUGGUAAGGCAAGAGGCAACCCGGAAGAACAAUGGAAAAGAAGAACAAUUCUUAAAACAAACUACACAUUUCCAUACGUAAAAAAGAAAAUCGCAAUAGAAUCAAGACAAAUCGUUGAAAUGCGUCCCAUCGAGGUGGCGAUCGACGAAAUGCAAAACCGAGUGGCCGAGCUGGAGGACGUCGUUUUCACGCAGCCAACUGACGCAAAAAAAUUACAAUUGCGGUUACAGGGUAGCGUUUGCGUGCAAGUAAAUGCCGGACCGUUGGCCUAUGCAACGGUUUUUCUAGACCCCUCGCUCUCGAAUAUGUAUCCUGAUGAUAAAGUAGAAGAAUUAAAAGAUAUUUAUAGGGAAUUCCUUAAAAUUUGCUAUUCCGCCUUGCAAAUUAACGGCAGACUUAUAACAGCAGACCAGCAAGAAUAUCAAGAAGUCCUCAGGCAAAACUACAAAAAGCUCUGCGCGUCUCUCUCAACUCUAUUUGGGGAGUCUCUUUGGCCGCACGACGAUAUGGGAAGUUUUAAGAGAAACAGUUUAGCUCUCUUUAGCGCCGUGAGCGGAGCGUCACAGAACUCUAGUACCGCUUAGGUUUGUUAUCAAAAUAUCAUUUUAAAAUCUCGAAUUUUCCACGAACAUUUUUUUCUUUGUGAUACAGUUUGAUUAUUUUGAAAAUGACACCAUUGCGACAGAUGGUUAGUUAAUUUUGUACAAACGUAGACUAUUAUUUAAUUUUAGGUAUUUACAUGACGCUUUAGCUUUGAUACAAAGGGUCAUUUGCCAUUUCGUUAAUUUUUGUUUUUUUGAUAUUUUAUUAGUGUUGUAUAAUUUUAGGUUAUAGUUUUUUGUUUUUAUGUGAAACUAACUUCCAGGCAUAAAAGAAUGCUUUUGUUAAACGAGAAAUAAGUUAUUUGCUACAAAAUUUGUUGUUUUGGUAACUAUAAAGGCUGCAAACUAAUAAUAUAUUGAUUUAUUCAUAAA